CGCUUACCUGCCGCAGGGAUAGGUUGUGUCGCGCGUCCCCGCGUUCGCGUGAUAACUUUCGUAAAAAAACUAUAAAGUACUUUUUGUUGUUUUUGCGAAAGUGUAACAGUGACCGGUGGUUUCGUGUUGUGGGAUUACAGUUGAUCCGUGAUAAGAUUCUGUGCGUUCUGUGAAUGUUGCAAAACAUCUUAGUGCAGUGAUUAUUUGUCUAGCGGUUUUUGUUAAACGAUAGGAUUUUUUAUCUUUUACGUGGCUGAUUAGAUUUGGAUAAAAGCGAUAAUCAAGGUAGCCCGUAUUGGUGUAGUGAUAAAACAGUGUGAGUGAUAGUGAGAUGUCCAAUGAAACACCACUUUAGUGCGUAAUGGAUCCGCAGCGGCGCUGCUAUCGCGGCUCGUGACGUUCGAAACGCAAGAUGGCGGACACUCCCGCCACUUCGAUAAUCGAAGGAACUGUCAAGUUUCGCGACGGGAAAAAGUGGAAGUCGCGAUGGUGUGUGAUGCGAAAGUUGUCACCAGUUGCAGAUUGCGUGCACCUGCAGCUAUAUAAAGACCUGAAAGAACGGCAGAAGAACGGACAAACGAAGGCCUCGCUUUCCCUCCAGCAGUACCUGGGCUUUGAGUCCGGGUUCACGUUAGAUAAGGAGUCGAAUACGCUCGCAAUUUUAUGCGAAGACGUGGUACCUGUGCUGGCCUUCGAUACCAGGGAGAUUUUGAUACAAUGGAGGGUUAAGGUGCAACACAACCUCGGCAGUAGCAAGGAGUUCGCAGCCGUUCUGAUAUCCGCCCCAAGCCCGUCGGGGGCGAAGCCCGGCCCGGUGCGGCUGCACGCGUGCGGCCCGCGACUCGCACUCUGCGCCUGCAGGCCCCCGGAGGUGCUGGCGCUUUGGGACGUCAAGUUGUUGAGACGUUUCGGCGUAGUGGACAAACGUUUCUGCGUAGAGGGCGGCUCGCGCUGCGGCAAGGGCGAAGGCCUGUUCGUGUUCGCCGCGGAGGCCGGGCGGGAGCUGUCCGACCUCCUCAACGCAUACAGCCACGAGGCGCAGUCCCGCCUGAGUGUUGCAUCUAGAAGUGGAUCAGAAAAGCGUUUCUCAGACACCAGCUCGUGUCUGGACGACUGCUUCCACCAGUCGAUGCGGUCCGUCUCCCCCGCGUGGGCGGCGCCCGCGAGCCAGACCAUGCACUGUCUGUCGGACCUCGACUCCAGCCUGGACAGCGAGGACAAGUUCCGCCGGCCCACGUCGCUGCCGAGGUGCUCCAGCUGUAUAGGCAAGAUCAGCCAUUUGACGAGAUCAUCAACAAUGAACACACCCGGCUCACUAAUGUCCCCCGUGUGGACGAUGGAGAAUAUUCUAGAAAAGCGCUCCGAUUCCGAUCGAGCGUCGAUCUACUCGCGCUCCAGUGGCAGCGCUUCUGAGUACUCGGUACCGCGCGGCGGCUGCCUCUUAGACAAGAGCUUCGACUCCAAACGAGCGAGCCCAGUGGCUUGCUGCACACCAACUAUUCCAGUGAAAACUGGCAACACUUGCCAAUGCUGGCAGCAGCCGAAGCCGUGCUGCUGCAGGAAGAAGUCGUUCAAUGGACCGUACGAGAACUAUGAUGUGCCAAAGACCCCGAUGCCUUUAAUACAGGAACAUCCAGCAGACGUCCACGUAGACGCAGCAAGUCUAUACGAUACACCAAAGAAACUAAAAUGUCUGAUCGGUCAACCGUGCGGUUGCAACCACAACGAAACCAAAAACGACGACAACCAAAACAACAUCGAAAGCACAUGUGAUAAUAGCGUUAAUGAAAAUUCGAACUACGUGAACGUAGCACCCGCGCCCAACAAGCCGCAAAUCGACCUUUCCAAUUACGCAAACAUCGACAGAGCUACCUUGGAAGAAUUCGAGAGCUCCCUGCGGAUACUGAGAAGCGCCGGCUUCAGUCAGGAAGAAUUAGAUGCGCUAGAAGACAUUCCGGAACACGACGAUGACAUAUCCACGGCAACGAACAACACGGUCCACCAGACUGACUGUUGCAACGACCAUCUCAACUACAUCCACAUGGAGCCAGAGAACAGCUGUUCGAGCAACAGUAAGAACUGUUCAGACAAUGUCAGCAGAAUCAGCCACGUGUCAGACCCGACGCACUCAGAAACAGACACAACAAUCAGCACCCGCAGAUCUAGUUCAGCGGACUUCACGAAGCGACAGGACGAUGACUUCCUCAACCCGAGGGUAUGUUUCACGCCGACAGUCAUCAGGCGGACUUGCAAAACGGACUGUAUCAAUGAAGGCGUUCCGACGAAAAAUCCAGAAAAGGAAUUCAAAGUUCCCGAGCCGAAAACUGAGAAUAUCCUAGUGGCCCGUUUCCGGGAUGCGGUCAAGAUACGUCGCUCGUCAAGCGUUCCCAGUAAAUCGGAUAAAAAUAGAGAUUCGUCCAGUUCGAACGACUCCGGGGUGUCGACGGGGUCUUUGAAGCACCACAAGGGCGAUUUCAACGAGUUCGAGACGCCCGUAACUAAUUCGAAAGCGGCCAAGAAGCACUCCAAAAAGCCGUUUAGGAUAUCCUUGACUCCCGUGCACACGCCUUUCGCGAAUUCAGGCUCGACGGACCCUUUGAAGAAUCUGACUUUCCAGUUCGAGGAAGUCGCCACGCUGGCGAAGUCUAACUCGUGCGAUGUGGACACCUUGACUAGGAGGAAAAAGCGUAAUGGCGACGCAGACAGCACAGCGCGGCACAGCAACGUGACGAGCCACACGUCGAGCGGCGCGUCCGACACGUCCGACUACAUGGAGUCGCUCUCCGUGUCGUCCUACUCGUCGUGCGACGCGCCCGACCGGCACGUCGCGCGCCCGCGCUCCGGCAAGGAGUACGCCAGCAUCGACAGGGCGCACCUCAUCUGCGACAUCACCAAUUAAUAAAUCCGAGUCGAAUAAAAAUAUGAGAUGUUUUCGUCUUUCUUUUUGUGUCUGAAUUUUUAAAUAAAACGUAAUCAUAAAUAAACGUCUGACAAUUCUGCGUUUGCAAUCUUGUUUUAAUAUUCAUUCUUACUGAAUAACAAAAAUAAUCGCAUGAAAUAUUAUCAUGCGAAGCGUCGCCACGUCCGGCCAGGAGUACGCGAGCGUAGAAAGACUUACCUUAUAUGCAUUUCAAAUAAAAAAUCAAAAUGUUUGAAAAUUGAAUCUACAAUUUUUUUGUUGUAUAAAUCAUGGUUUAUGAAAAUUUAAAUCAAAAUUUUCGUGUUAAUUGAUAACAAAUUGCACGCAAAAAGAUCAAAUAUAAAAUUUUAAACAAAAUGGUUAUAUUGGGAAAUUGAGAUUUAAUCAGACGUUACUUCUUAAAACACGUUCUCAGAGACAGAGCGUAUGGAGCUAAUUUUAAAAUAUUUUACGGCUUUGUCCCAUUUCUUCUGUCGUGACGAUUAUCCUCACAAAUGAGUGAUUUGUUUCAGGGCUGGUCCUACUACAAUGAAACUAAAUUAAUAAACGAAUAAUUAGUAGGACGUGUAUAUUAAAUGAAAACGAAACGUGAAUUUGAAUUAAAUUAAUCGUAAUAAACAUACAUGUUUGUAUGUGACAUAUCUACAAGAAAAUCUUAUACUAUGUGUAUAGCAUGAGGAUGUUCUCGAAAAUUCGAAAAUGGUCUUAGCUUUUAAAUUCAACGGAGGAUAAGGGUUUUAGACUAAUGUUAUCUAUGCUUUUAAACAUAUAUUACAACGAUUAGGCACGAUAUUUUAUUAUUUGCGUUAUUAACCGACGUUCCCGAAAAUAAAGGAGGAUUUCAAUUCCACUGUAGUUGUUUUUUUCACAAGUCCUGGAGCUAUCAACAUAUUAACGUUAUUAUUUUUAUGUUUGAUGGUUUUGAAAUUUUUUUUGUGCUACAGCCCUCCCCAGAAACGUCGGUGAUCGUUUUACAUAGAAAAUAUUUUUUAUUUGUACAAAAUAUGUACUUAAAUGACAGAUUUUUUUGUAAACAAACAACGCUUCAUGCCUUACAUCUUGUAGUCCAAAUAUAUUUUAGGUUAAUCAUUAUUUUAUAUGUUUAAGUUACCUGAUAAAAUGUAAUCAAAUAUAAAACAUAUAUUUUUAUAUUUUAUAACAUUAUUCAACUUAUAACAAUUACUUGUGUAUCACUGUAAAUAAGUUUUAGGAUAAGUCGUAUAAAUGUACUUAUUUUAAUAAUCGUACUAACAACAUUUAGAUGCAUUGUUCCUAUGUACAUAGUAUAUCGAAAAUAGCUGUAGUUCAGACGAUUUUUAGUUUUCUGUAGGGUGCCAAAAAUCUUAGCAUUAAUAUUACCCUGUAUAUUAUAAUAUGUAUAGCAAUAAAUGUAAAUCUACUUUCAUUUACUUCACAUAUACUUUGGCAAAAUAACAAUUGUAAAUUGUUGAAAAGCAUUUUUGUCAAGCUUAAUUAAGUAUUCGUUUAAUUUUUUUUAAGAUUCAACAUACUUUUAAGUGGUUGAAAUGAGGUACUGAAUUUAUUUGUGCCUUGUAAUAUUUGUUGAGUGUCUUUCCUUUAAAUGCUUAUGUUACCUUCGUAAAUCACUUAAUCAACUUAAUGUACUUAUAAAAUGCCGAUAAUUAGGGUGAGUGUAAAAUAAAACUAUAGUUUUAUAUAUUUAUUAUUAUCUAGACUGUGGCAACGCGUUUCAUUUAUUCAUAAAGUAAAUGAAAGGUUGCCAAACAUGGCCUGUACGAAAUCGGAAAGCAAUAGAAUAAAUUAAAAUAAUAUAUUUGGAUACAUUUUAAACUGACGUGUUUGUAUAUUGAUAUCCAGAUAGCAUUUUUAUACGUGACACAAACAUAGCUUAAAUAAUACUGCCAGUUUUCAGAAAUGUUUUAAUGUUAUCAGUUUAUAUUGAGAAAUGACAUUGUACUUUCUAAAAUGCAUUGGAUUGUCCGUCCGGAAUAAUAUAUUUGAUUGGCUUUUACACAAAAAUUCAUGUAACACAGUACAAUUUUGUUUCGCAAAUUUUUGCAUUUGAAGUUUGAACGAUUUAUGUCUAGUCAUUUGGAAUAUGGCGGCUCUUAAAAUAUGAAAAUACAAAGAAUUUAUAAAAAAUGGACAAAAUGUAAGAUUUUAUAAACGAAUGAUCAGGUUUGUUCAUUUAAUAAUCAUUAUUUUUGGAAUUAGCUCUUAGAUUUUAUUAGUGUCUUGCUUGAAAGAAAUCUAAAACUGAUCGAAGUGUUUUUAUUAAAAUAUGCCGCCAUAUAUAUGGUUUCGGUAUUCACAUGGUUUGGUGUCUAACAUAAGGUUUGAUUAUAAUAUUAUUUUCGUUAAACGUUUACGUUGCUACUGUAUUAAAGUUUGUAGUGUAUACGCAACAGAAAUAUAGUGCAUUUCAUGAA